AUGUCUACCGCUGGUCAAGUCAUCAAAUGUCGUGCUGCCGUCGCCUGGGAAGCUGGCAAGCCUUUGAGCAUCGAGGAAGUCGAAGUAGCUGCUCCCAAGGCUCACGAAGUCCGUAUCAAGAUUAUGUAUACUGGCGUUUGUCACACUGAUGCUUACACUCUUUCUGGUGUUGAUCCCGAAGGCGUCUUCCCUGCUAUUUUGGGACACGAAGGUGGUGGUAUUGUUGAAUCUGUUGGUGAGGGUGUCACUGAUGUCGCUGUUGGAGACCAUGUCAUUCCCUUGUACACUGCUGAGUGUGGUAAAUGUAAAUUCUGUAGGAGUGGAAAGACCAAUUUGUGUGGUUCCGUCAGAGCCACUCAAGGUCGUGGUUUGAUGCCUGACGAAUCUGUUCGUUUCACCUGCAAGGGCCAACCCAUCUACCAUUAUAUGGGUACCUCUACCUUCUCUGAAUACACUGUUGUUGCUGACGUUUCCGUUGUCAAGGUGGAUCCCAAGCCUAGUCUUCAAAAGCUCUGCCUCUUGGGUUGUGGUGUUACCACUGGCUUCGGUGCUGCUACCAAGACUGUCAAGGUUGAGGAAGGUGACAAUGUCGCUGUCUUUGGUGUAGGUUGUAUUGGUUUGAGUGUCAUUCAAGGUGCUGCUUACAAUAAGGCCAAGCGCAUCAUUGCCAUUGACACCAACCCUAACAAGGAAAAGCUUGCUCGUGAAUUCGGUGCUACUGACUUUAUCAACCCUACUGACAUUAAGGGUCCUAUUCAAAACCACCUUGUCGAGAUCACUGAUGGCGGUUUGGAAUAUACUUUUGACUGUACUGGCAAUGUUGAUGUGAUGCGUGCUGCUUUGGAAUCUUGUCACAAGGGCUGGGGUGAGUCUGUCAUCAUUGGUGUUGCUGCUGCAGGAAAAGAGAUCAGCACUCGUCCUUUCCAAUUAGUUACUGGCCGUGUCUGGCGUGGAUCUGCUUUCGGCGGUGUCAAGGGUCGCUCUGAGAUGGGCAGUCUCGUUCAAAAGUACUUGGAUGGCCAAUUGAAGGUUGAUGAGUUCAUUACCCACACUUUUGAUUUUGAGCAAAUCAACGAUGCUUUGGACGCCAUGCACUCUGGCUCUUGUAUUCGUGCUGUUGUCACUGUUCAAAAGGACUAA